GAUGGCUCCUCAUAUAAAAUCAGCCUCCUGUGUUCCGUUUAGAGGACAACAAAAUUACUCUUUAAAUCGUAUUAGAUUAAAGUACUUAUCUGGGAGUAGUGCUGAAGGUUGAUACAAGGUUUAAGGUGAUAUACGUGUAAUACGUGGCAAGUAACUGACGAAGAAGUUAUUGAAGAGACAAGAGGGACCUACUUUGAAGCCAUGAUUUGUUGAACUAAUUUCGACUGGUUUCAGGUGGUGAGCUGUGUGACUAAAGAGAGACGCACCAGGGCCUCCUUUGCUAGGCUCGCUAGCUAUCGCAUUGGAUUAGCGUCAAGUAAAGAGGAUAACUUUUAAAAUAAAUGAUAGCAUCUGUUAAAUGCGGAUCACAGAAGAGCACAUUUACGCAUUCAAUUAAUCGUCAUGGCCGUGUCAAGGCUUGAUCGUCUGUUCAUCCUGCUUGACACCGGAAGUACACCGGUGACGAGGAAGGCUGCUGCCGUACAGCUGGGAGAUGUGGUCAAGCUCCACCCGCAUGAGCUCAACAACCUUUUGUCGAAGGUGUUGACAUACCUGAGAAGUCCAAACUGGGACACGCGUAUCGCUGCGGGUCAGGCAGUGGAGGCCAUUGUGAAGAAUAUCCCAGAGUGGAACCCGUCACCCAAGCUCAAAGAAGAGUCGUGUGCAGACUUCUCCCCAGAAGACUCCUCUGACCGGUUGAGUUUCUACCGCUUUGACAUUUCCCGCCUGCUCAAACAUGGUGCUUCUCUGCUGGGUUCCGCCGGUGCGGAGUUUGAGGUCCAGGAUGACAAGUCUGGUGAGGUGGACCCUAAAGAGCGUCUGGCCCGCCAGAGGAAGCUGCUGCAGAGGAAGCUGGGACUGGACAUGGGUGCCGCCAUCGGCAUGGACACGAUGGAGCUGUUCAACGACGAGGACCUGGACACCCAGUACACCUGCACGCCGAGUGCCCAGGGACAGGGAGAGAGGGGCUCUGAACCCUGCUCCAGCAAUCACGUGCCCAUGCAGGCGGCAGAGAUAAUAGACUCAGAGUUUCGACCAGGCAUGAGCAACCGACAGAAGAACAAGGCUAAGAGGAUGGCCAAGCUAGUGGCAAAGCAACGAUCCAGAGACAUGGAUCCCAACGAGAGAAGUAAUGACAGUUUUGAGGGGGAGCCUGAGGAGAAGCACAGGAAAACUAGUAACGUAGUCAUCGAGCAACCGGCAACGGAGCAUAAAGUCUUAAUCGAUAACGUUCCAGACAACUCCAGUCUCUUGGAAGAGACUCAGGAGUGGCCCCUGGAGAGCUUCUGUGAUGAGCUCUGUAAUGACCUCUUCAACCCCUCAUGGGAGAUUCGUCACGGAGCAGGCACAGGCCUCAGGGAGAUCCUCAAGUCUCAAGGAGCUGGAGGAGGGAAGCUGUUGGGAAGCACUGCAGAACAGAUGGCGCGGCACCACCAGGAGUGGCUGGAGGAUGUGGUCAUCCGGCUGCUCUGUGUCUUUGCACUGGACCGUUUUGGAGAUUUCGUCUCUGAUGAGGUGGUGGCUCCGGUUAGAGAGACCUGUGCCCAGACACUGGGCGUGGCCUUGCGCCACAUGACUGACAGCGGUGUUACCAUGACAGUAGACAUCCUGCUGAAGCUGCUGACGGAGGACCAGUGGGAGGUCCGGCAUGGGGGUCUUCUGGGCAUCAAGUAUGGCCUGGCAGUCAGACAGGACCUGAUAUCCGCUCUGCUUCCACGGGUGCUCCCUGCCAUCACGGAGGGGCUGCAGGACCUGGAUGAUGAUGUCAGAGCGGUGGCGGCCGCGGCCCUCAUCCCUGUGGUGGACGGGUUAGUGCAGCUACUCCCCAACAAGGUCCCAUUCAUAGUGAACUCCCUGUGGGACGCUCUCCUGGAGCUGGAUGAUCUGACAGCCUCCACCAACAGCAUCAUGACCCUACUGUCCUCUCUGCUCACCUACCCUCAAGUCCGACAGUGCAGCAUGCAGCAGUCCCUAACGGUCCUCGUUCCUCGGGUCUGGCCAUUCCUUAGACACACCAUAUCGUCAGUUAGACGGGCCGCACUAGAGACCCUUUUCACCCUACUAUCCAAAGCUGACCAGAGCUGUGCAUUAUGGCUCAACCAGGUCCUGCAAGACAUGCUCCGACACAUCUUCCAGUCCUGCAUCCUGGAAAGCAAUCAGGAGAUCCUGGACCUCAUCCAAAAGGUGUGGACAGAGCUGCUGCGCCAGGCCCCUCAGCAGUACGUAGUAGCAGCCAGCUGUCCCUGGAUGGGCGCCUGGCUCUGUCUGAUGAUGCAAGCCUCUCAUAUCCCCAUAGACAUCAACAUACUGCUGGAAGUCAAGUCUCGCUGCAAGGAGAAGGCUGGUGGGAAGCCUCGCCAGGGAGCCUUGAUUCAAGUGAAGGAGACUGUUCAGGAGUACAUCGCCGGGGCAGAAACCGUGACCGAGGACCCAGUGACGCGGGACUAUGUGGUGACACGGGCUCGACUCAUGGCCGCUAAGCUGUUGGGGGCCCUGUGUCGGUGUAUUUGCGACCCGCAGCUCAAUUCAUCCUCCCAGGACAUCCGGCCGGCUGAGUCGCUGGGCCAGCUGCUCCUCUUCCACCUCAACUCCAAGUCUGCCCUGCAGCGCAUCGUUGUGGCACUGGUCCUCUGUGAGUGGGCCGCCGUGCAGAAGGUGGUGUCAGCCAUGGUCCAGCCUCGCCUGUUAGCCAUCCUGUCAGAGCAGCUGUACUACGAUGAGAUCGCCAUUCCCUUCACACGCAUGCAGAACGAGUGUAAGCAGCUCAUCGCCCUGCUGGCCGACGCUCAGAUCGACGUGCGCGACCGCCUCAACUGCAGCGUGUUCACUAUCGACCAGGCCAACGAACUGGUGACCACCAUCUUCGCCGAGUCCACCGUGGGUCUGGAUAUGAAGUCCAAACCGUUUCAUCCACUGGACAGCAAGCGCCAGCAGGCCCAGUCCACGGUGGGCGAGACCAGUGUGGAGUGGCAGCAGCUGCACCUGCGCGUCCACAUGUUCACCGCCUGCGCCGUGGUCAACCUGCAGGCGUUACCAGACAAGCUGAACCCAGUGGUGCGUCCGCUGAUGGAGGCGGCUAAGCGGGAGGAGAACACCCUGGUUCAGGGUUACGCCGCCUCCUUCAUCGCCAAGCUGCUGCAGCAGUGUGCUACUAGGCAGCCAUGUCCCAAUUCCAAGAUCGUCAAGAACCUGUGUUCGUCGAUCUGCAUGGACCCCCUGCUCACGCCCUCCUCGGCCUGCCCCGUGCCCCCCACUCAGACUGCCAAAGCUGGCAUGUCGGAGAAAGAAUGCAUGCACCACAUGGUCAAUAAGACCAAGGGCAUCAUCACCCUCUACCGCCACCAGAGGGCAGCAUUUGUCAUCACCAGCAAGAGGGGCCCCACCCCCAAAACCUCCAAGACCCCCACCACUGAACUGCCACCCGGCAGCACCAUCACCACAGAUACUGAUGAGAAUAAAAAGCCAUUUCUCGUUCAGAGAAGAGGUGCCGAGUUCUCUCUGACGACGGUUGCCAGGCACUUUGGCCAGGAGCUGACGAGGUCACUGCCCUACCUGUGGGAGUUUGUGGUGGGACCUUUGAGGGCCGUGGUGGAGAACAACCAAGGCAUCGAUGCAAAGCUCCAGUUGGAGAGGGGGGAUGCUGCAGCCCAGGAUCUGGUCAACUCUCUGCAGGUGCUGGAGGUCAUGGCUGGAGCCAUGGCCCCCGAGCUCAAACCUCUGUUGCUGGAGCACCUGCCCCACCUGUUCACCUGUCUGCAGCACCCGUACACGGCCGUGCGUCACAUGGCGGCGCGCUGCGUUGGUGUGCUCAGUAAGAUCGCUACCAUGGAGACCAUGCACCUGUUCCUGGAACGUGUGCUGCCCUGGCUGGGGUGCAUCGAGGAUGGCACUAAGCAGGAGGGGGCCAUCGAGGCCAUGGCCUGUGUGAUGGAGCAGUUGGAUGUGGACAUUGUGCCGUACAUUGUGCUGCUGGUGGUGCCGGUGCUGGGCCGCAUGAGUGACCCCAGUGACAGCGUCCGUUUCAUGGCCACGCAGUGCUUCGCUACCCUCAUCCGCCUGCUACCACUGGAGGCGGGUAUCCCGGAUCCUCCCACCAUGUCGGAUGAUCUGAUUCGCCAGAAGGCCAGAGAGCGUCAUUUCAUGGAACAGCUGCUGGACAGCAGGAAGUUGGAGAACUACAAGAUCCCCGUGCCCAUCAAGGCUGAGCUCCGCAAGUAUCAGCAGGACGGAGUGAACUGGCUGUCCUUCCUGAAUAAGUACAAGCUGCAUGGUAUCCUGUGUGACGACAUGGGCCUGGGCAAGACCCUGCAGUCCAUCUGCAUCCUUGCUGGGGACCACUACCUCAGGGCGCAGGAGUAUGCCAAGACCAAGGCAGCAGACUGCACCCCCCUGCCCUCUCUGGUGGUGUGCCCCCCCACCCUGACGGGUCACUGGGUGGACGAGGUGGGCAAGUUCUGCACCGACGAGUACCUGAACCCCCUGCACUACACAGGACCCCCCACCGAGCGAGCACGGUUACAGCAUCAAGUGAAAAAGCACAACCUAGUAGUAGCCUCCUACGAUGUUGUACGAAACGACAUUGACUUUUUUAGGAAUAUAAAAUUCAAUUACUGUAUCCUCGACGAGGGCCAUGUGAUCAAGAACGGGAAGACCAAGCUCUCUAAGGCCAUUAAGCAGUUGGCGGCCAACUUCCGAGUCAUCCUAUCAGGAACGCCCAUCCAGAAUAAUGUUCUGGAGCUGUGGUCGCUCUUUGACUUCCUCAUGCCCGGCUUCCUGGGCACAGAGCGGCAGUUUGCUGCCCGCUAUGGAAAGCCCAUCCUGGCCAGCCGUGACGCCAAGAGCUCGUCACGCGAGCAAGAGGCCGGGGUGCUGGCCAUGGAGGCGCUGCAUCGCCAGGUGCUGCCCUUCCUCUUGAGGAGAAUGAAGAAGGACGUGCUGCAGGACCUGCCCCCCAAGAUCAUCCAGGACUACUACUGCAACCUCAGCCCUCUACAGGUUCAGCUGUAUGAGGACUUUGCCAAGUCCCGGGCCAAGGUCAGUGUGGAGGACACCAUCUCUACAGCCUCCAUCCACGAAGAGGAGAAGCCCAAGCUGAAGGCCACGGGCCACGUGUUCCAGGCUCUGCAGUACUUGCGGAAGCUGUGUAACCACCCAGGCCUGGUACUGCUGCCACAGCACCCGGAGUACAAGCGCAUCACAGACCAGCUGGCAGCACAACACUCCAGCCUCCGAGACAUCCAGCACUCGCCCAAACUCUCAGCUCUCAAACAGUUGUUGUUGGACUGUGGUCUGGGCAGCAGCGGCUCAGCAGAGGGCACAGAGGCGGUGGUGGCCCCGCACAGAGUGCUGAUCUUCUGUCAGCUGAAGAGCAUGCUGGACAUCGUGGAGCACGACCUGCUCAAGCCCCAGCUGCCCGCCGUCACCUACCUGCGACUGGACGGCAGCGUCCCAACUGGCCUGCGCCACGCCAUCGUCUCCAGGUUCAACAACGACCCCUCCAUAGACGUGCUGCUGCUCACCACCCACGUGGGCGGUCUGGGUCUGAACCUGACCGGCGCUGACACGGUGGUGUUUGUGGAACACGACUGGAACCCGAUGAGAGACCUACAGGCCAUGGACCGCGCACACAGGAUAGGACAGAAACGCGUGGUCAACGUGUAUCGUCUGAUCACGCGUGGCACCCUGGAGGAGAAGAUCAUGGGCCUGCAGAAGUUCAAGAUGAGCAUCGCCAACACUGUCAUCAGCCAGGAGAACGCCAGUCUGCAGAGUAUGGGCACCGACCAGCUCCUCAACCUCUUCACCUUGGACAAGGAUGGGAAGGACGAUAAGGGCGAGUCGUCGUCCUCUGGAGGGAAAGCCUCCAUUAAGAACGUGCUGGACGGCCUGGGGGACCUGUGGGACCAGCAGCAGUACGAAACCGAAUACAACCUGGACAGCUUCAUGCACUCGCUCCACUAGCCUCCUAGCCUCUCUUACCCAGCCAGGGUUCAGUGCUAUCUGCCAGUCUGAUUCUGGUUAUCCCCAUGGCUCCCUCAGUAUUCUCCCACCCCAAAGCCCACUUAACUAGACAGCCUUCCCACCUUUAGUCCUGUGUACCCUCUUGUCCCAGGGGAACAGAGGAGCAAGGUCAUCUAGUCUCUCCUUGAGACUGCGUGUACAGUGGAGCAGCAAGAUGGGACUGCUCCAGAGACCACUCCAGCCCUGUGGUGGUCCCGCCUUCUAAACUGAAGUCUUAAAACACUCCCACACCCACUUUUAGAGGACUACCAGUGUUCUAUUGACUGUAUAGGCAAAAACAAGAUGUUUGACUGGAAGAAAGAAGAGGGGGAGCCGUCUUAUAGGAACACAUGUGCGCACACACCAGAGUGCUGGCUCUUUAUAGCUGGUUACUGGAUUGCACUGUGACUACUGGCUAGAAGGGGUGUUUUGGGUUUUUUAUACCACCCCCAGGUGGCGCUAGUCUCCCCACACAUAUCCCGUGUAAGCACAUUCACUUGACCUUUCUCGCCCACAUAGAACUCUGUAUGGAUCAGACGGCUGGCCAGGCACAGGAUUGGAAAGAGCCGUGGCCGGUGCUGCUCGUCCCCGACCUUGUGAAAUGUCACUCUAAAUGGUGCAGCCUCACAGGGACUUACACCGCGGGGCCAACCUGAAACAAGGGGACUUGUCCGAGUUUGAAGAAAAUGCAGACCUGUAAAUAUUUCUGUAAUUGUUGCUGCUUGUUUAAACUGAUAGUUCUAAUAAAUUCUAGAGGUUUCAGCAGGCGUCCUGUUCUGUGCGUACAGUACUGUCCCCAAUAGACUGCAUUCCUAUGUUGAACACGGCCAGUAGAGGGUGUCCUUGCAUUUAGGAAUGAUGGCACUGAGAUUAGCUCUGAGUGAAACGUUGAUCGGGACCAUUUGAGGUUGAAAAGCAAGAGAAAGUAAAGAUGAACAAACCAGGUCAGUAAUACUGGAGCUUUAGUCUGAGGUGAUGGGCAAACUAGUGUUAUUGCCUACUGACUACCAAACCUUUCUGACACGUUGCUGCUGCACAUCUGGUACUUUGUGAAUCCAGAUUCCAUUUACUCUCAACAAGGCACCGUAGGUCAUAAUCUGCAUCAUAACCUUAGAGACUUUACUAGAGGCUGUAACGAUCAGUGUCCGACGGAUGACGGUAAUGUGUGAGUCAUCGGAAGCCCCGCUUAUACAUGGCGCUCAUGUCUUUUGUCCUGAUAUUGUUCACAUUCUGAUUGUGCCCUCAUUUUAGCCGUUGCAUCAACACAUUGUAUUAAAAUGUCAUGUGUGCAUCCCAGA